CUAAUAUAAAGCCAGGCAGCAUUCCCCCGCGUGAGUGCAUUUGCCAGCUGUAGUCUCGUUAUUUGUUCAACAUGAGGACAGUAAUCUGCAGAGUGUUUGCUAUCAGCCUCAUACUCUUCUUGAUCUGUGACAUCCAGGUUCAGGCUGCUGCUCUCCCGCGAGGUGAUGGGGUUCAGCUGGUAAACCGUGUGAAGAGAUCGAUGAUGUGGCGCUGGAUUACCCAAAGACCAAUAGGAGCCAGCUGCAGAGACCACUCUGAGUGCGGCACCAACUACUGCAAGGAUGACUACUGCUCAAUCCGAGUGUUUUCGUCUUAGUACCUAAAGAAAUGCAGCGUCUGGAAGUAGAGAAUGUGGAAGUUCUUCACAUCAACCCGUUAUAGUAUUCAGAGAAAAAUGGCCUUCACGAUCAUCUGUUAAAGAAAAUGUGUCUAUCAAUGUUACUAUUGAGCAACAUUAAACCAGCAUAGUAUCACCACUUA